AUGCCAUUGAAAAGUUGGCAGACACGAUCAUUUCUUAUUGAGCUUAAACCACGAAGUGAAUUUGCUUCACUCUUUGUAGACUGUCCACCAUCAGAUGAUAGUGAAACAAGCUGUCACAGCAAUCAACAAAUACAAAAUGAAGCUCGAGAAAGUAAGGAAACGGUGGACCGAAAAGAAAUGGUACAUUUUCGUGAACAUUCCAUCGAAGUGAGUUCAAUAGUCCAACAGAGGAAAGAUGGUGUCACCGAAAUGUUACCAUCAUACUGGGCUAAAUUUGGUGAUCUUACUUUGUAUCCAAAUUCAGUUUGCGCACUUACAUGGGCUGAUAAUCAUCGGUUGUUUAUGUGCAAAGUACGACUGGUAGUUGGUGAAUGCCCAUUAGUACCAAAAACAUUUCAUCAAUUAGCAGUUGGUAUAUUAUCUGGGAUGCUUCUAGAUGAAUAUAUCGAGAAUGUUCAAGCAUUUCCCGUACACGCGGAAUGUGCGGAAUGUACAGCUACUUUGUUUAAUUAUUCUAAAGAUAGUAUGGAAUUGCAGUCGUUACCGGAAGAUGGUUGGUUGAAUACUUCACCAUCUAUGGAAUAUUUUUGCCGUGAUACAUGUAAUUCUGCAUCACAUUCUCACAAUCAUCAUGGUGCGCAUAGUUCAGAUUUGAUAUGUGCUGAUGAUGCACAGAAACAAUGGCUUCCAAAUGAACAACGAAUUGUCGUAUCCGAUUCGUAUUUUUUAGUACUAAGGAAGAUGAUUACCUCAGAUACAAUAACCGUUGAUGAGUCCAAUAUUGUGCUCUGUGCCAAAUGUUCUGUGGAGAUUGGAGUUAUUCUCAAAAAAAAUACUGAUAUUGUACAGUUUCAUCAUGUCAUGUGCAAUUUAAUGGUAACUGAUGGUGGGGAAACUUGUAUAAAUGCCAGAUUUGGCACACUAGAGCAUUUCUUCGCCUGGAUGUUACUUUAUCAAUGUGAAUCGCAGACAUCAGGAAAACUCGUCCUUCGAUCUUAUAAUAAACGGCCGUAUUUACUGAUUUGGUUGUUGGAUUCAUAUGUUGUAAUAUCACAAGGCGAACUGACCGAAGUUGAAGCUGAGGGAAACGAUAAAUUGGUUUAUUCAUUCCCAGCGCUAAAAAUGCUUUACAAGAUAUUUGAUGCUGAAUCAGCUAAAACGGAUCCACGUGCGAAUGGUGAAGAUGCAAGUGUGGGUAUAUUAGAUAUACCACUAGUAUGUUGCGUGAAAUUAACUGAAAUGCUGCUUGAAUCAUCACUAGCUUUACCUCCAACAGGACGAAGUGUCGGCCAGUUUUACGUACGUGUUGAUGUCACUUAUAAAUGUGUUGCUGAUUUAAGCAGAUUCUAUUAA